CGUACGCGUCCGCGAAAAUGCGUGAAUGACGGGCGACUCCGCCUCCUACUCACGACUACGAAGUCUCUUCACUAUCCUGCAGCCUUCUCCUAUGUCCUCUCUGGGUAGACGGCUCUAGGGUGCUUGAUUUCACGAACACUACCUAAGUUCUGUGGCCAUUUCGGACAAGGAGCGUCUCAGGACCCGGUCGCGUGGAACGUCGUGCACACCCUCCAUUUCUAAAUGCAUCGCCAUGGUGCUUCUCGUCUCGCAGACAUUGCGUCUACCAGUUCGGCAGCUCUGAGCAGAACCACUCAACGCCAUGCAUCGAACGUUGCCAGAACCCCCAAGCCCUCGCGAGGAAAGAGGCUGUCUCGAGAGACAUACGACCGGGUAGAGAUCACUGCCAAGGGUCUUGUAUCCGCUGCUGCGAAGAAGCAGAACAAGGCUGGCUGGGGCCAUCCACAGCAUUACGAGGGCGAGACUCGCAGGCUGACGGAGGCAGUCAAGAGCGCGGCGAAUCCGCACAGGAUCCCUACUCCCGAACUACAAACGCUCCUCGCGUCUCAGGACCUCUCAUUUGACCCUCUGUCGACUGAGAACGUCGCAAGGCAGCAACAAUUGCAGCCCGGUGCGUUCGUCGAAAUUCGCAGAGCCGAGAGUUCUCAACGCGGAGUUGUCGUCCAAAAUAUCCCAGAAAAUGGCGUGUGGACAACAUACUCAUUGCUCAGCGGUGGCGAGCUAUGGCCGCACCGGCACAGCGACGUUAUGUUCUACAUCCCCGACUUCGUCGAUCGUGACCUAGUCUCACGAUGUGGCACCAAGCAAGCGUCGUCCCUUAGCGAGCACGAGAUCGCCGCGCGAGUCACUGUCCUCAAACGGCUGCGGAACUUCGAAAUCGCGGCGGAACACAGUUCGAAGGAGAUGAUUUAUCAGCUCAGGGAUUUGUAUGACAAACUGAGGCAUCCGGAUCCCGACAAGGCCGCGACAGUGACAGUGGAACAAGCGGCGCGCCUUCUCAUCGACGGCCCGCAAAUCCCUCUGCUGACGAGAUUCGCUGUCCACCAGUACCUCUUCGCUAAGUCCAGGUACUUCACGGCGGAGACGUUCAAUUUCCUAGCGAGACCGGUGUUUGCGGUACGGUCAAAGCAGGACGUGCAAACUAUCGAGGCUGUCGACGACAUGGUCGCGCGCAGAGACCCCGUCCUCGAUGGUUUCGUGGAAAAGGCUAAGGUCCUCGUCCGAGCGGCUCGGAAGCGGGAGCAGGAUACGUGGUCAGAACCGCCCUCCUACCAAGUCGACGACAGCACUACGUUCACACCUGCCGAAUUGACCAUUCUUCGGUUCUUCCGCAUAGCGCUUCGCAACAAUCGAAUGACACAGAGGGAUCCUUUCCUGCCAUCGCUAUCUUACCUCUCCAAACGAAUCGGUCUAUACGAAACGGACUACGGUCCUCGCAUCGCACAACCCCUACUCGUCGAGCUUGGUGUGAUGCCGCCGUGGGUAGACCCUGUCGAGCGCGUGCACAUGUCCGCGGAGGAGAACAUGAGUGGCGGACUUGCAUUGCUCAGUAGCAGGCUCACACGUGACGAGCUUUCGUCGUCCAGUGCGAACACGUCCGCUGCGCGUCCUGCGCCGUCAGUACCUCUGGGCCCGGAAGACUUCUACUCGCGCGACCUGGCCGAUCACCUACGGCACGACUUUGGGAACACGCCUGUGUACGUCAUCGACGACUUCGACGCAAAUGAACUCGACGACGGGAUCUCCGUGGAGAGGAUUCCCUCUGAGCCCGAACAUGCGUGGCUCCAUGUGCAUGUCGCCGACCCGACGUCUGUGCUUCCGCCUACUCACAGGAUCGCACGGGAGGCUCUUGGACAGAUGUCAUCUCUGUAUUAUCUGGAUGGCUCAAUUCCCAUGUUGCCCGACCUACCGCAAUUACGUGGUUUGAGUUUGGGCAAGACUGGGGAGCAAUGCGUCAUGACCUUCAGCGGCAAGAUCGACCAGGAGGGCAACAUCGUCGACUACAAGGUCACGCCGAGCAUCAUCCGAAACGCGCAAAAGUUGCGCUACAAUGACGUGAGCGAGGCACUUGGCUCCCCACUCGGCGGCAUCCACUUUCCAUUCGGUGGGGACGAAAGCCUGUUCCCUCGGUCCAACGCAUCGUCGGUUGGGGAGUCGGCUGUCGACGAUCUACGUUUCGUUCAGAAGAUCACCGGUACCAUGGUCAAAGCCCGCGUACGCAAUGGCGCGAUGGAGUAUAACUGGCCGACAGCAACCGUCAAAAUCCAUUCGAAGUCCUUGCCGGAGGUGCCACCCAUAACGAAUCGGCCGUACCGCUGGUCAGGUUUUCCGAAGUUAUCCUUCCGGGUUGAAGAGACGAGACUGCAAGAAUCCGGCGCGCGGGGGAUCGUUGCAGAGAGUGCGCGGAUGGCGAAUCGCAUCGCAUCGCUGUGGUUGAGAGACCGCGACAUCCCUGCUAUCCGGCGGGUGUCUCACCCACAUAUGGAGACGAUUCCUGGUGGUUCACAACGAUUGAUGGAGGCGCGCGAUGAGCACGGGUUUGUAGACUACUCCCUGAUUCAUCAGGAGGUGAUACUUGGCACCGUGGCCUACGAACUCACGCCAGGGCCGCACGCAGUGCUCGGCGUUGCAGACGGGGAGGGAUAUAUGCGUGCAACCUCACCCCUUCGGCGGUUCCUCGACAUCGUCACCCACUGGCAGAUCAAGCAUGCGAUGCUGACCCCGGACGCGCCGCGGCUAUUCCCAACUGAGUGGCUGCAAAACCUCGCAGACCAUGCGAAUUGGUGGGAAAGCCGUCAAAAGGCCACCCUUCGGUCUCAUACGAUGUAUUGGUCGUACAAGUAUCUGGAGCGGUGGCUCGUGGAGCACAAGGAAGGCUCGCCCGAGGCGGAGCAAUUCGAGAGGUCGCUCGUCGCCGUCGUGACCAAUGUCGGAUUGCGCAACUACUACCAUCAGUAUUGGCAGUCUCCAUGUCAGAUCUGGAAUUUGGGACUGAAAGGCAACAUCAUCCGCUUGGAACCCACAGCGGCAUUGAAAGUGGGCGGUCGGGUGCAUGUGAAGAUCGAUUCUAUAGAGCCCGGCAUUACGUCGAGCAUGAGUCUCGUCAGACGAUAGAUUUACUGUAGUACGUGCUUUGUGCCAACUUUCUUGUACUACAUAACCCUUCCCCACUCUGGAUAGACGAUGCGCAUGUAUUCGACUUAUGAAUGACACGACCCUUGUGCAGUUCCCAGAUGACUUGGAGACGGCAGCACUCAUGAACUCAGCGUGCGGAGCAGUGCAAUGAC